AUGAUACAUAUAUUCGACUGGUGGAGCAUCGAAGACUGUAAACCGGGGCGAAGAAGCAAAAGUACGGAAGGAUACGGAAGAUUCGGCAAGGAUAUUGGUAGUGGGGACGAUCGGCGGGCAACGGUGCUAGGACUCGGAGGGAACGGCGAACGGCCGGUCAGUCGUGUUGUCAGAAGUGUCAGAAGGAAGUGUCGCGGCGGCACGAGCGCUCGCGAAGCAGUCAGUCGCGAAACGGAAGCGAAUUGGUUCGAUUCGCGCGCGCCGCGCAGUAAUCUCACGCUUACAGUGCUGGUUGGCCUCGCGGUCUUCACCUGUCAGUUCGUCCAGCCUUAUCUGAGAACGGUCGGCCGAUGCGCCACGUGCGCGAUGGGCAUGAUGGGAAUGUUCAAGUGGCUUAGAAAAGAUACCAUACAAAGAGAACGAAAUGGGUGGAAUUUAGCACAAAAGCAGUGUGGCCUGAAUAAUGAGUCUUAUCGUAAUGCUCUUCAAGCUUUCAUAGAUCGAAGACGAGCCUCUGACGACGUGGAGAUUGAAACACCAAGUAGUCCUGAUAAGAAAAGAGCAGAUAUUUUGGCAAAAAAUAACAAUAACAAGUGUGACAACGAAAAAAAAUCACGCGAAUCAAAAUCAAUCGUAGCAGGUGUACCUCAUAUACCAGCUCCUGAAAUUUUUGAAAUCGGUUGGAUAGCAGGCACGGAAGAUCGAUAUCUCGAAUUAAUUUUUGCCGAGUGGCAAAAUACCCGAGUUUCACUGAGGAGGCACUCACAUCCAGAAUGCAAAGAGGCUAUAAAAGCAGAUUUAGAUGUACUUUCGGAAAUUCGACACCCUAAUGUGUUACUAUUAAUGGCCAGCACACUUACAGACGAGCAUGGUCUAGUCUCUAUUUUCGAAUCCGUUGAUUGCACCCUUUAUCAUUACAUACACGAUCAGGGUGAACGAAUAUCCAUACAAGGUAUCGCGAAAUGCGGAGGAAGACUGUCCGAUGCCUUAAGACAUUCUCACAUGCGCGGAUACGUGCACAGUGCCAUCAGUUCGCAUUGCGUCUAUUUGGCUUCUAAUGGUAUCGUGAAACUAGGUGGAUGGGAACUGGCCAUGCAUAUCAACAGUCAAAAGCCGGAAAGAGAAUACGAGGAACGCUUACGAACCGAGGUCUUUCGCUGGCAGGCACCAGAACUUUUUCACAGAUACGAACCGCACAAAGAGAGCGAUGUGUACGGAUUGGCCUUAUUGAUUUGGGAAAUGUGCACGAUGCAUGUACCAUGGAGUGGCUAUACUAAGGCAGAUGUGGAAAGACAGUACGUACAUUGGAAACGUGGAGUUAUGAUGGAUUUAUAUGAUUUUCCACCGUUAUUGUACAAUUUAUUAGAAGCUGGACUACAAUUAGAUAUUAAUAAGAGGACACUGGAUAUGAAUAGAUUACGUAGAUUUCUUCAAAGAUUAGAGAUGCAAUACGAGAAUGAAGAGCCACUGUACAUCGACCAAUUCGUGAACAAUAAUUACGAGACCGGAAGAACAUACAUUUUGCCGAUGAAAUCGCCUAUGGGAAUAUCAAAAAAUAAGGGUUCUAAACUGACCAAAAGCGUUUCAGCCAAACAGUUAUCUUAUUCUACUAAAAAUUCAGAUUCUCCACCAAGACAAUAUUUAUAUCCGAAAAAGUUAAUGUCCAAACAAAACCCAAACCAAAAAACAACAGCUCACGUCGAAGAAAUAAAUUUCUUUGCUGACAACGUUAAAGGCAAUGUCAGAAAUGAUAUACAGAAGAGCAUAAACAUUCUUAGCGAUAUAGAAAGUAGCUAUAAGAGAAUUAACUAUCCGACUUAUGAGAUAGAAGUAUCGGAUAUCGUUCAAAAUGAAGAAUCUAAUACAGAGGAGAUUGUGCAACCAUGGAACAACACCUAUAGAAGAGUUAAAGCACCUCAGGAAGUAGCGGACUCUAGGACAGUAUCGGUAUAUUCAUCGCCAUUACUCGAAUCCACAGACGAUGAAUCUUUUAAAGACGCAAGAACCAAUUUAAAACAACUAAAAAAAGUAUUGGCGAAUAGAAGGGAACACUUCUUCUAUGGCAGUGAUUCGUCACAUGCGUCUACAGAUUUAAGUCCAAUGAAUAAAAAUAAAAUACUCACUGAAGCAAAAAGCAAGGAUUAUGAGCCACAUAAACCAGCUAGUCACAAAACUAGCUUAGAACCAAAGUACAGUAAAUCUCCCAAUCAAUAUGAUCCAAGUUACUUAAAAUCAACGAUUCCACGAUAUCGUAAGAUUCCUUAUUUACAUACGCCUGAAAGUAUAAAGAACGCAAUAAUGCAACCACAAAUAUUAAAUUCCGAUCCUCAAAGUUUUUUCGAAACUUCUUUGUGGAGAAAGGAAAAGUUAAUUUGCUUGUCCAAAAUGAGAAAAAUGUGUGUCGAUGAAGCUUCGCACUAUCUUCCGCAACAAACUGAUAAUAGCGACACUGUCUUCACUGAAACUGCGACCGAAAAUAACACGACAGAAUCGGUUUCUAUGAAUAAUAAUAAUACCUACGUCAUAAAGGAAAAAUCAGAAGCUACUGAAAUAGAAACCAGUCAGGAAGAUUCUACACAAGUGACCGAAAAUACGAACGAUUCAGUGACGCCCGUAAGUCCACAUAGCGAACCUCUACAAGUUUUAAAAGAUGCUUUGGACCGGGCUACAGAAAUUGUACGCUCCAUUACUCCAAAUACUAACGAAUCGUGUCCAUCUCCUUCAUUCAAAUCCUACCAGGACUUUGAAGUAACGGUAGACAAUAAUCAAGCAAACAAAUUUAUUUUCGAAGAUUUGUAUGAUUUACAAAUUAACGACAAUGAAGAAAUUAAAAGCAUCGAACGAUCAACAGCUAAAAACAAAACAUUUUUGUUCGACAAUUCUAAUGUAAAUAGCACGAUAACCAGCAAUGAAACACAAAAUGAAUCUAAUAACAAUAUCGUUAUCAGCAUAGCCAGUGUUGAAAAAUGCAGCCAUUCCUUCGACCCAACGUGUAAUAGAAAUUUUGUAUGCGAAUCAAUUGCUGAGGUAUCGAGUGAAUUUAACAAUUUAUCCAACGAUACAAUGUCAGAUAGAAAAGAAAUUGAACCUUUGAACGAUAAAAUAAUCAGUAUUGAAGAAAAUGCCAAAGUUUUAGAAACUGUACAAAACCAUGGAACAUUAAUUGAUCAGAGUAAUCUUGAAAUUCAAACUAAAAUUCACGGAAAGAAUGAACAGAAAUCUGCCACUAAAAAUUUUGAUUUAAUGUUUAUGAACGAUGCUACAAAGAAUAAAAAUUGUAAAACAUGUUAUCAAAGUGCUUUACCACGACGACGUUCUUUACCGGCAGCAUUAAGCCAAUUGAGAUCAGUUAAUAACUCAGCUUUAGGGAAAUUACCUAUACGCAGAGGGGAUAUCCCUGACAACACUGUUGAAGAUUUAUAUAUAGACGACGAAUUCGGUGAUAAUUUAAAUAUCAAUAUGGUUUUGCUAGAUGAAGAUUUAUCAGUUGACGAGGAUUUCUUAUCCAAAAUAUCAGAUCUAUAG